CAAGGAAAAAAGCGAUACGAAUGUGUUCAGCAUUGUGAUCAGAACGCGGACUGUACAAAUGAUUUUACCGAUAGAGUUUGCUUGUAAAUGCAAGGGCGGCUUUGAGGGUGACGGAUUGACCUGUGAAGGUAUUCGCUGUAACCAUUUCCUUGAUGUGUGUUUGAAAAUCUAAAUGACAAAGUUUAUAUAAUAAUUUGCGAUGCAGUUAAGGACUUUACAUUGCAAGGACUUUGAAACGAAUACAAGUCAACAAAUAAGCAAGCAACCAAAUCAAGUGGCAAAGUGGAGUAGACUGGAAAGUUGGGUUGAUUUUAUACUGAGGUCAGCUUCCAUGAAUUUUUACUGUUGGGCGAUUUAGCUUUACCGAAGGCCUGGUGGUAAUGGGGAAUAUGUUUAUUCCAUCGGAGUUCCAAGUAAUUAAGAAGAUAAUUAAAUCCAAACUGCGAAUGCUAACGUUUGGUCUUUUAAGGGCUAAGUUAAAAGUACAUGUGUCGUUAAAACUUUGACCGCAGUACUAGCGGCCGUCAAGGCUACCAAAUAACAGGACGAAAAGGCUUUUUCUUUGAAGAUAACAAAAAUAAAGGAAAUAUUAAGGUUUGUUGGCCUCCCUUAAUACUUAACUAGAUAAUUCUAGGUUUAGUUAUGUGUGUUUUUGCCCCAACAAUAGGCACACUCAUCGUGUGUUGAUCUGUAGGCCUAACUAAGCCUAACUAGGGUAUUUUUUAGGGGUGAAUUCCUCUUCAUCCUGUAAACCUGGGCAAAUGCUGCAUUCCAUUUAUUCCUCAGCUUCAGAGAAAUGCCAAGCACAACUGGAUCUCAUCUUUCUACUCGACGCAUCAGGGAGUGUUGGAGCAGACAAUUACGAUAAAGAAAAAGAUUUCAUUAAGAUUGUGACAAGCAGAUAUGAACUAGGGACAACCAGCCAAGCUGCUGUUAUUGCAUUUAGUACUUACGCUUCCAACGCAGUUCCGCUGGGCUCGAAGAACACAGCGUUAUCGUUCGCUUCGGCGGUGGACAAUAUCCCGUAUGACAGAGGGUACACCCGUAUUGACCUCGCACUUCGUCUGGCCUAUGAUGAGUAUUUUUCAUCAGAAGGCUCGAACGAAACUCAGAAACUAGUGAUAUUGUUGACUGAUGGAAAACAAAAUCGAUGGCGUGAUCCACCUUACAUACCAAUAGCAGAUACAGUACAGCUACUUCGUUCCAAAGCUGCUCGCAUCUAUGCUGUUACUAUUGGGAACAAUAUUGACAUGUCAGCGAUGAAGAAUGUUACUGAAGAGGACGACGAUAUAUUUCGAGCCACUGAAUUCAACGAUUUAGUAGCAAAGGCCGACUCAAUAUCCAAGACAUCUUGUGUCGACGCUCUCCAGACCCAAGGAAUCGCGUUUUGUAGUAUUGAUCCAGAAAUGACAAAUUGUGAAUUUCCAGCGCAUUGCGUCAACAUGAGUACCGGUGUUUCGUGUAUGUGCAGCGAUGGCUACGUUGGUGAUCCACACCAGUGUGAAGGUGAGUGUUACUGGAAUGGAAUAUACAUGUUGUCGAAAGGACUACCAGAAAAACUAUUUUGGACACCAUCAGUUUGUUAUUCGAGAUUCCAAUUGUCUUUUAUGUACCUCCUCAAACUCUUUUGUUCCACUCAAGUUUUUGAGGUUUUGUACGAAUUUGUUUCCAAUAUAAUCAUAGUUUCAGUUUUUAGUUCCCUUGUCAUUGGUUACUCUUCUCCUUAUUUCAGACAAAUUCUUGUAUUUCUUACAUUAGCAUGGUCUUAG